GGUCCCGCAGCAGGGCCGGGGGGGGGCGCGGCGGGAGCCCCCGCCAUGGCCUUCACCAUGCUGCGUCCCGUGGCCGCCCGCGUGCUCUACCCCGACCUCAGCAUCCUCUCAGAGGACGAAGAGAACCGGAGCGAGAGCGAUACGUCGGACCAGUCGUUCGGCUGCUGCGAAGGCGCCGAGGUUCGGCGCAAGCUGCCGCGGAAAGCCGGGCCCAUGGUGAUGGUGAAGCAGCGGCAGGCGGCCAACGCGCGGGAGCGGGACCGGACCCAGAGCGUCAACACGGCCUUCACUGCCCUGCGGACCCUCAUCCCCACCGAGCCCGUGGAUCGCAAGCUGUCCAAGAUCGAGACCCUCCGCCUGGCUUCCAGCUACAUCUCGCACCUGGCCAACGUGCUGCUGCUGGGCGAGGGCUGCGAGGACGGGCAGCCCUGUUUCAGUGCCAUCUACGGUGCCAAGGGCGACCUGGACAGCAAGCAGCCCCGCAGCAUCUGCACCUUCUGCCUCAGCAACCAGCGCAAAGGGGGCAGCCGGAGGGACCUCGGGGGCAACUGCCUGAAGGUGCGCGGGGUGACCCCGCUGCGAGUGUCGCGGAGAUGAGCCGGGCUGCGGCAGCACCCGCCUGAGACAGCGGCCGAGCCGGCCGGGGCCGCGCACACACACCCGGCGCC